UGUGUAUAUGUGUGUGAGAGUGGGUGUAAGUGUGUGUAUAUGUGUGUAAGAGUGUGUAAGUGUGUGUGUGUGUGUGUGUGUGUGUGUGAUUCAUAUGCUUGACAUUUUGUCCUUUAUGGUUAUAAAUAGACAAUCUGAUGGAAUGUAGAGGAUAAGACGUGUUUCUGAGAACUUUCAGACACACUCUCUCACACACACACACUCUCUCUCUCUCUCUCUGCAAGGACUUUGCAGAUCUGUGGUUAAGUCAAUGUUCAGUGUGUGUGUGUGUGUGUGUCUGUCUGUCUGUCUGUCUGUCUGUCUGUCUGUGUGUGUAAUCUGGCUUCACAUCCAGGGAUAUAUCUCUGACUUAAAGUUCUAAUUUCAUGGUUCUAAAGUAUAAAAGAUUUGAAGAGUAAAGUGACGCUACUGAUUGGUCAGCUGCUCAUUAUGACCUCAUCAUCUGUCAGUUGGAAUUGAAAUAUUGCCAUAGUGACACCUCACAAGUGUAAAACACUAUACGCACACGGACAGAGGAGAAGCAAGGAGGUGUGUUAUCUGGGGUAGAUAGUGCAGGCAGUGAGGCGGUAAGUGCAUGGUGAGUUUGUGUGAUGGGAACGCAGCCUUGUAUGGAAGUAAAGGGAGGAGGACGACGAUAAGCAGCAGCUCUGCACCACUGGCCAUGUUUAGAGCCUCUUGGCCAUCCUGCACUACCACAAACAAUGCCUGCUUCAGCUAAAUUUAAAUCUGCACAGCUUAAUGUCCUGCACUCACUACGCCACGCUCAGUCUCAAGCUCACUCGGCCACUGGACCCUCACAGGGAAAGAUAACCGGCGAUCAGGGAUCAAACACCUCCUCAGGAAAAUGGGACAAUCAGACACUCCACGCCUCCACCGUCCAUCACUCAGUCUGUUCUUCAUAUUUAUAUUCCAUGAGCUCCAGGACGUUGCUGCUGGAGGAUCCAAGCAUCAUGAAGCUUCAGUUCCAGCUAAUAACACUGAAAGCUGCUCAGGUACCUACGAGUGUAAAGAAGGAGUGAUCCUGCCACUAUGGAGGCCAGAAAACCCAUCGUUUGGAGACAAGCUGGCGAGAGCCACCAUCUAUUUCGUUGCUAUGGCAUACAUGUUCCUCGGGGUCUCCAUCAUUGCGGACCGUUUUAUGGCAUCCAUCGAGGUCAUCACAUCACAAGAGAAGGUAAUCACCAUCAAAAAGCCGAACGGAGAAACCACCACCACCACGGUGCGCAUCUGGAAUGAAACCGUGUCUAAUCUCACCCUGAUGGCAUUGGGAUCAUCUGCUCCAGAGAUCCUGCUAUCUGUCGUGGAGGUUUGUGGACACAACUUUAACGCAGGUGAUCUGGGGCCGAACACCAUCGUGGGCAGUGCCGCCUUCAACAUGUUCGUCAUUAUUGGACUUUGUGUUUCUGUCAUCCCUGAUGGCGAUCAUCGCAAAGUAAAACAUCUCAGAGUGUUCUUCGUCACUGCAGCUUGGAGCAUCUUUGCUUACACCUGGCUCUACAUGAUCCUGGCUGUGUUUUCUCCAGGCAUCGUGGAGGUGUGGGAGGGUUUACUGACACUCUUCUUCUUCCCCAUAUGCGUGGUGUUCGCGUGGAUUGCUGACCGCAGACUUCUGUUCUACAAAUAUGUUUACAAAAGAUAUCGAGUCGGGAAGCAGCGAGGAAUGAUUAUUGAGACUGAAGGAGAACCUGAACUCCAGUCGAAAACAGACGUUGAAAUGGACAGAAAGAUGCUCAGCUUUCUAGAUGGGACUGUGGAUGCAUCUGAGGAGAUGGAUGAGCAGGAAACCAGAAGAGAAAUGGCAAGGAUUUUAAAAGAACUGAAACAGAAACAUCCAGAAAAAGACAUGGAACAGCUAGCAGAGAUCGCUAACUACCAACUGCUCAGCCUGCAACAGAAGAGUCGAGCGUUUUAUCGCUGCCAGACCACAAGGCUUAUGACCGGUGCAGGAAACAUCCUGAAGAAACAUGCAGCAGACCAGGCCAGAAGAGCACUCGGCACCUAUGAACUACGAUCUGAGGUUUCAGACACUGAUCAUUCCUCAAAGAUCUUUUUCUAUCCCGCUUCAUACCAGUGUUUGGAAAACUGUGGCUCAGUGGCACUGAAUGUGGUGCGACGUGGAGGUGACUUGACCAGCAUGGUUUCUGUAAACUACCAAACAGAAGACGGCACUGCCAACGCGGGCUCCGAUUACAAGUUCACCGAGGGCAUCAUCGUCUUCAAACCAGGUGAGACUGAGAAGGAAAUCCGAGUGGAAAUCAUUGAUGAUGACAUCUUUGAAGAAGAUGAGCAUUUCCUGGUCCACCUGAGCAAUGUCAGGGUUCUGUCUGAGGGAACAAACCAUGAGGAUUCAAUGUCCAAUCAUGUGGACAGCCUGGCGGGCCUGGGACUUCCAUCCACUGCCACAGUGACCAUCUUUGAUGACGAUCACGCUGGGAUCUUUAUGUUUGAGGAACCAGUGAUGCACGUCAGUGAGAGCAUCGGGGUGAUGGAGGUGAAAGUGGUGAGGAUGUCUGGAGCUCGAGGAGUUGUUGCAGUUCCAUAUAAAACCAUCGCUGGAACAGCUAAAGGAGGAGGUGAGGACUUUGAGGAUACCUACGGAGUCCUGGAGUUCGAGAACGAUGAGAUCUCCAUCAUGUGAAAUUUUCCGUGUGAGGGAGGAUGUAACAAGCACAGAUAUGAGCCACAAAAGAUAAACAACGUGGGAUCUCGGACGGUUUGAAAUGGAAAAGUGUCUGGAGCUGAAGUUAGCCCUGUGUGAUGAGCUACACUUUGAUGCACACCGGCUGUGGCUAACGCUAGCGCUCCUUAUAUAGCCAAGCUCUGGAUGGUGUUUGGAGUUUGUGAGACGGUACAGGAUAGCAUGCAGGAUGACAUAAAUCACACACACACACGCCUGUAUUUUUUAAACCUAAAUUAGUCUAACAUUCCUAUGUGUAUAAAGGAAUUAAUGGAGUAAUAAUUCUGAGUUAUGGAGUGGAAAAUAAAUCUCAAUCAUAUAAGCUUUUGCAGUUAGACCUGAUUUAUUAAAGCUUUUACAACAUGUUUCAUUUCAUCAUAUCUGCAGAUUAACAAACCAUGUCCAUCUCACUCUCACACACACACACUUACACACACGCACAUAUGUGUGUGUGUUUUAAACCCAACUGAAUUGAUUGUGUUUCUCUGUAUGUAUUUUUGCCCUUAGUAAAUAGAGUGAGAUUAGAUGUGGGAUUUGUUUGUCUUGGCAUUUGGGUCUAAUGGUCACAGGGGGCACAUGAUGCCCUGGGGAGUGUACUGAAUUACAAAAAAAAAAAAUACAGGAAAAACAUCAUUCCCAUCUAAACACACACACACACACACACACACACACACACACACACACACACACACACAGCUACAGCAGAUAAAAAUUCACAUUUCAGGAACUUCAUCUUGUUUUAUAUGUUUAACAUGAUCGUAGGUCUGCUCCAGUCUGGUCUGAAGGUCUGCACUUUUACAUUAAACCUGUUUCGUAUCGACUAUCGACUAAUACUGUGACAGAACAUCGAAUGAGCUUAGAAGCAGGCAGCAGGUCUACUCGAACCCCUGUAGGUAGGACAGUAGUGAUGCAUAUGCACCUCUGCCAUCUCCAAUCAGAGACUCUGCAAACACACUUACAUUGUACAUUUACACCUGACUGCAGCAUCACUCACUGCAGCUUCCUACAGCAGAGUCCCAUACAGCCCCUCCCACUGCACCCAGUGUGUGUGUGUGUGUGUGUGUGUGUGUGUGUGUGUGUGUGUGUGUGUGUGUGUGCAAGGAAUCUCACCCAGCAGUGUCUUAGAGGACACAGAGAAAUUUUCUUAACUGUCUCACUGUCUCUCUUCCUCAUUCUCUGUCUCACUGUCUCUCUUCCUCACUGUCUCUUUCCCUCACUGUCUGUCUCACUGUCUCUCUUCCUCAUUC